AUGCUUCUUGGCGGUCAGGCCCCAGAGCUGAUGACUGCCUACGGUGGAUUGCUAAACGGAAUGUCGCCAAUUCCUCUUCACGAGAACCCAACCCUUCACAUCCCCUUCAUGGGCGAGCGACGUGCCAGCGCCUCCGAAGCUCUAUUUGGGGCUCAUCUGAAGGGGGCUGCCAAUAGUCUGCCAGCUGGCAGCGAAAGUCCUACGGCGUCGGGCAGCGGAACCAACAUGAAUAUCGAGGAAGAGGGCAAAAAGUAUCUGAGCCAACAAGGCUCGUCGAAAAGGAAUACGGUGCACGCGUUGACUGGGACACCGGCGUCAGCUUUGGGCAAAGAGAAGGAAAGGCAUUUGAGGAGCCCUUAUUCGAAAACACCGAAUGGCGAAAGAAGAAGCUCAUGGGCACCUAGUCCAGUAUCCACCACUCAGCAAAGCCAGCUCGAAAAGCUCUACAUGCAACACCUACAAAAGGGCGGCCGGCAUAUGUCAGCUGGUUCCGACCUCUUCCAAAUCAAACAACUUCAACGAGAGUUCCAAAAGCUUGGCAAGCUGGCUGCUGGCAGCGGUUGCUCACCAACAACAUCAUUGGCUAUGGAUACCUCGUCGAUGUCGCUCAAGAACACUCCUCGCAUCUCUAUCACCGAUGAAAAUAACAAGUUGCUGCCGCCGGGAUGUGCUUCCGCCAACUUCAACCCGAUCGCCCUGUUUGAGCAGAAGGCAAACGAAGUUAUCUACGGAGAACAAGUACGCCCUGCAACCGUCAUUGGUUUCGCGCCGAAUCCGAAUAUUCAUAGCGGUGCCUCCACGCCGGAACAUCCCGGUUUCCGCCCGGAAAGCCGGGGAACGGUGCUGGUUUGUGCUGCUGAGCCGAUAGAAGUUGUUCACGAAGCGAAGACUUUCUUUGAUGCUAAGCAGUUACAACACGAGGAGGUCCCCGAUGAGGAGCGAGGUGGCUGUUGGAUAAACAGUCAUUUCAUCCGUUUGUACAUACGCCCCAUGGACGACCGUGCUCACGUGGAAUUGAUGUUAAUGCAGGAAUACGCUGAGCCGAUCGCCGAAGAACUUGCGAAUAUCCUUCGCGCCAUGGAUUGCCUU